AUGUCUCUGGGUAUGUCAAGUACUGCUCUGAGCCUUGUCUUUGGGUGUCUUCUGUUGGUUCUGGUUGCACCGCUUUACUAUUUCUUAUGGUGGAACAAGAGAAAAGCAAAAGCAAGUUUAGUUAUUGAAAAGGGUCCUGCUAAGAAUGCAAAGGGGCUAUUUUAUUGGCGGUGCUGGACACAUUGUUCCAUGCAUUGUACCAACAUUCCAAGGAGUGUGACCAAAGACCCAGAAACCACAAUUCAUGAGACAGAAACAACAAGUGAUGAUGCAGAACUGGAGUUGAGUGCUGACAAUAUUUCUCAGCCGAAGUCCUUUGGUGAAGAAAGUGUGGAGUUAGAGUUGAUGAGGCUGCACAACCUCGCUGGUCCACCAAGGUUUCUCUUCACAAUCAUUGAGGAAAACAAAGAAGAUUUGGAGUCUGAAGAUGGAAAAUCUAAGGGUGAUAGCAUCAGAAAGGGUUCAAAAGCAAGUAGCUUGAGUGAUGUUAUGUCAGCAAUUGAUACCCCUUUCUAUACCCCUGUGACUUCCUCCUCGCCCUCCAAGGGUCCUUUGGACUCUCUUGAUUCUUAUCAGCAUCAAGGAUUUAAUCCUCUCUUUGAAUUAUCAGAAGAAUCAGAGUUGAACAGGUUUAGAUCUUCACCACCUCCGAAAUUGAAGUUCCUGAGGGAUGCAGAGGAGAGAUUUCAUUGGAAGUUGAUUGAAGAGGCUAGGAGAAAAGCACUUGAGAAUCAUAGUGAUGGGUCCUUUCUUAGGAUCAUUCAGAAUGAAGACACAGAGCGCAAACAACUUCAACAAUAUCUACCACAGAUUCCUUCAAGUUCAUCUCAGGUUCUCCCAUUAACUUCUUCUCCUACAACAUUCAAACCACUUGAAAACGCAUCCAUGGUGCAUUAGAUUUUCUUGCAACUAGAACUCUUUUAUUAUUAUUAGUUUAUUAUUCAUAUUUAUGUUAAAUUGAUUUUUCCAAUUGGCUCCUCUGCAAAUUUUUAAUUUUUAAAAGAGUUCUUUUUUUAUUUAAUUUUUU